AUGGCGACCAACGUGAAGUAUCUAUGUGUGCACGUGUUUUGUCAAACCAAACCCGGCACAGCCGACGCCUUCCGGGAAGCCUCCCUACGGAACGCUCGUCAGAGUGCACAGGAGCCCGGAGUGGCCCGCUUUGACGUUCUCCAGGAUCGGGAGGACCCCAACGCCUUUUGUUUGGUGGAGGUCUACCGGACACCCGAAGCGCCCGCCGCGCACAAGGAAACGGCGCACUACCUGGAAUGGCGUGAUACCGUGGCCGACUUUAUGGCGGAACCGCGAAAGGCGCGUAAAUUCGAUGGCCUGUUUCCGGCAACCGGGGAAGGAUGGGACUACGCCGCGGACGCGACGCUGGAGUAA